AGCCCAAGAAUAAUGUGAUAAUAGAUAGAUAGGAGGAGUAAAGACUGUUGGUGUAAUAUAGCCCCAGCAAAUGUAUGGUUAAAAACAGAGGGGUGUGGAAAAUGUUAAACAGAAUAUGUAUAUAAACAGCUAUUGUUAAAGUAACAUACAGUACAUUAAGAAAUGGACAAUUUUCUAGUAGUUUCAUCUAAGAGACCUCUUGAAGAUGAGGGGGAAGAAAAAGAUGUCAAGAGAGUCAAACCAUACAACAAGAAUACGGAUGAGGAAUAUGACAUAGGAAAUGAUUGCCACGUAUCAGCACAAAGACAUGAGGGCAACGUAUAUAUACACAUACGAUAUUUUGACACCAGUCCUACUGGGAGAAAGUAUCCAUCAAAGAAGGGUAUUGUUUUACAUCUCGAAAAAUGGAAAAAAUUAACGGAGGAUUGCCUCGAUGAAAUUGACAAAGCAUUAGAAGAUUCACAAAAAGAAGAUGGCAAUGUUUCUUAUAAAGAACACCUGGGUCAUAACGUACAUGUUACAGUGGAACAAGGUUACAAGUGGGUAGAUAUAAGAAAAUGGUGGAAGCCAGAAGACGCAGAAAAUAUCGUGGCAACCAGAAAGGGCAUCUCUCUGCCUGUUGAUCUGUGGAAAGAAUUUAAAAAGACUAUCCCGGUUCUCAGAAAGAGGUUUCAAAAAGAGUUAGAUGAUAUUAGAUAUUGUUAUCUUGAUCAUGACAACCAAAUGUCAAUGUUAAAAUGCCCUGGUUGUAAUCCAAAUGACUAUAUGAACCAUGAAUUGAUCUAACAUAUGUUGUAAUGUAUGCAGAAUAAAGAAAUUUAAAAAUAAAAGAGGGUUGAGUUUUGUGAUAAAAGAAGAAUAAUAAUUAUUUACAUGAAAAGAUGUGACAUAUCUAACUUUCGAUUAUUAUUAAAAAUGUUAUCCAAAGAAGAGGAACGUUAUUUAAAAAACAUAUGGACAGAUACAAAACACCCUGCUGCAUUUAGUGGUCCGUACAAAUUAUAUCAAGUUGUAAAACGUGAAGGGAAAUACAAAAUUGGCUUGCACAGAAUCAGACAAUUUUUGUCCGAUACGGAUGCAUACUCCUUACAAAAAAGAGUGCAGCGGAAAUUUAAACGACGUCAUAUCAUAACUGACUCAAUUGACUCUAUCUGGGACGGCGAUUUACAAGAUGUUAGAAACAUUUCAAAACACAACGACGGAAUUCAGUAUAUCUUGGUAUUACAAGACAUUUUUUCCAGAUUUCUUUUUACAGCCCCACUAAAACAAAAGACGGCAAAUGAGGUGAUUAAAGGGCUACGAUCAAUAUUUGCAAAAGGGCGAAAACCUAAAAUACU